UAGCGAUAUGAUAUUGAUAGCAGCCAUACACCGUCUUGACUCUUAGCUUAAUAAUUUAGACUUUUUGAGUUUUGAUAUAUUUUCGGUCGUCCUCUACCACUGUUAUUUUUUUCGCCGUCGUUCCAUUUUCAUAGGUUCCUGAUCCGCACGAAAAUAUCAAUAUGGGUGGAGAUUUUGGAAAUCUGAAAACUGACAUCCGUGGAGUUAUUACUACCAAAUUGUCUCCAUUUGAGCAAAAAGCAUUCAAAGGACUUAUUUCUCACGGAGUUCCCAAUUCCAUUAAAAGGACAGCCUCUAAUUUGCCAUACAUAGUUCCACCAAUGAUUAUUGGUUAUCUCGUCUACGAUUGGGCAGUUCACGCCCAUCAUGAAAGUUUGAGGAAGAAUCCUGCUGACUUUGCCAAUGACAAAUAACUUUUUUUUAAUUAUACUGUAAAAGUUAAUCUUCUUAAAUUGUUGUAGAAUAGAAAUUUAUUUGUCAAUCGUGAUUAUUUGUAAAACAACAGUAAAAAGUAAUAAAAUGUUUAAAUUUGUUA